UAAUUUUGUUCGCUACAUGGUCUACAAAGAACACAGUAGGUUGUCAAAGGAAGAUAUUAUUUACUUCUUUGACUGGAACAAAACUCAAAAGUUAUCUUUAUUUGUUAUGGUGACUCAUUACUGUUCUAAACAGAGUCGAACAAACAAACAAGCAAGUGAAUGUUAACAAGAAGAUGGCCAAAGGGACAGCAAUAUUUAUUAUACCAUGUCUUUUUGUGUCGACAAUAUGGAGCGGAACAUGUGCUGGAAUAAAUUACUUAGACGUGUACAUAACGAGACGAGAGCUCAAAAGAUUUCUUUCAGACUUUGACUUUCGUGAUUUCUACAUCAUCCGACAAGGUGUCAUCGACAACUUUGUCAAAAAUAAAGCAACGACUGUGAUGUACCCGAUCAAGUCAAGUAUUAACCAUUUGGAGUUAAAAUUUCAAUCGAAACAAAAACUCUACUACAAAAUUAAUCUGUCCUCAAGUGACAAAACUGUUAUGGGACAGCCAACAACGACAAUCAAACGAAACGGUCUCGUCACUAAGAAAACAUCAUCGUUCAGAAUACGAUUCCCAUGUACACGUCGAAAAACUGCUUUGGCAAUGUUAAAGAUUAAAAUGGAGUUCAUGUUGCCAUCAAACAAAAGAAAACCUAUAGCAAUGUUUGAGUUGAUCUUGAAAAGAAGUUGUGAGAAGGGAUCUCAAGACUCGGUGAGGACUGAAAAACCAAGCCUGGCAGAGCCUCACCAAGUAUGUAAUAAGAAAUGUGACAAAAGAAGCGUCAUGAAGAAGUUAUGUCUUAACGAUUUUGCAAUACGUGGCAGAGUCGAAAAAAUUACAAAAGGAAACAAUGGAAAUUUACAACUUAAAGUGCGAGUCACCAAGCGAUACAAGCUUAGUCGAGUUUCUAUCGGGCAUAGAAUAAUGAUGGAGGUCAUCGGCAAAGAAGUCACGUGCACAUGUGAACCAAUAAAAAUUCGAAAAACUUAUCUUUUCCUUGGCAAAGAAAGGAGAAGAACUGCGACCUUUUUCUUGGACAACAACACCUACGCCAUUGCCUGGCACAAAGGAGGAAAAAAGUUGGCAAAAUUACGAAAGAGGAAAGACACUUGUCCCAAACGCUUCGGCACACGUUGGUAUCCACAAGAAGUUUAAGUACAGUGCAAAUAUGUAUGCGCCAUUUUUCAAUGUACAUUUUUUAGAAAAUUUGUUGCCAAUUAUGUUCACAGGAAUAUGUGAAUCAGUUGAUGUUUAAAAUUGAGAAAAUAAACUGCAUAAGAUUAGGAUGGUUGUUUUAUAUUUACUCUUUAAUUUCGUAUCUUAUAUAAAAACGAUACAUGUCAUAUUUUACUAGAAUAUAUUAGAAUUAUCUGUAAACCUGUAAUCUCAAAAUUAUCUAUUUUUUAAUCGGAUUAUUCAAGCAAAUGUUUAAGCUCAAAAGUUUAGUUGGUUAUUUCAACAAACGAAAAUUCAAGGCAAUAAUAAAAUGGAUAUGAGAAAUAAUCUUUACAUUGCAA